CGAAGAUUUAAAUAAAUAUUGUAAUUAAUUAUCUCGGUAAGAUUAGUAAUGAUCAUGCAGUAAAUAGAUCCCAAAUAAAAAUCGUUAGGUAUAUAAAACUUUAAAAUUGGGAAUGCGGAACAUUUUAAUUCAAAAUGUUUCAUUCGCUUUACCACUUGAUAUUCUUUGUCUGGACAUUUAUGUCAAUAACCAAUAACACAGUUACCCCUAAAUGUUUUCCACAAACGGAUUCAACAAUUGACUUCAGCAAAUGGGCGUGCAACAACAUUACUCUCUCCAGAGAUAACCCAGAUUUACAAACCGUCAAUACAACCCAUUUGCGUGGUUUUGGAUUUUAUUUUUCGCAAGGACAGGUCGACUCUACUCUUCUCAAAAAUUUUACAGAGUUAAAGAACUUUUUUAUAGACGUCAGCAAGUUAGAUAGGUUUGAAUUUAAGUCUGACAGCCUGAAGAAUUUUUUAUUUGCAAGAACUGAAGUACCACAAGGGUCUAAUUUUGCAAACUGCUGCAUUGCUUUAGAAAAACUAAUUGUAAAAUCCAGUAAAGGGCUGGAACUCGAACAUGAAGGUUUUACUGGGCUUAAAAGAUUAAAGUCGCUAUAUAUAAAGGACCAAAACAUAAAACAUAUUACUAGAAACACCUUUAUAGGACUGUGCAAAUUAAAGCAAUUGUCGUUAAUCAAUAAUUCUAUAGAUACCAUACAGGAAGAUUCAUUUGUAGACUUGGUUAAUCUUAGAGAAUUAUAUAUCGAAGAUAACACUCUCAAAUCCAUACACCAAAAAGCUUUUGAACCGCUGAGUCAUUUAAGAUCUUUGACUGUUUACGGUAACAAUUUGGAACCUCUGCCUUUGUGGAUGUUCAAAAAUCAGAAUAAAUUGAGAGAGAUAGGAUUGCCAUUCAAAACUUGGACUGACAUCGAUAUUGAAAAGUUUCCUAUGAUGUUUCCUGAAUUGGGUUUCUUUUCUUAUAAAAGCGGAACUGAGUCUCAUGGGGAAAUUGAAUAUGUUAGAAGGAAACAUAAAAAGUUGGUUACAUUGUUAUUUAGAGAUAAAGACACGUGAAGAAUUAAAAAAUCAGCAGGAAAUCUGCAUGGUACUGGAGGUCGUGUUUUAGGAAGAAUAUACAAGACGAUAAACAAAAAAUGUGAUAUUUUAAACCGUUAUGUUUAAAAGAAAUUAUACAAAUAUUUAUUAGUAUGUAAAAUAAUAAAUAUUAUUUUUAGGUUCUUAAUUUUUAUUACAAAUAUCCAGGGUGGCAAAAGACUUAAGCAUUGGCUCCGUUUAAAAAUUUUCCAGGGGGGCAAGUCUUAUACGCAGGGUCAAAACGCCGCAGGCUAUAGUCGAAAGCCAUGACAAAAAAUCAAAAAUUUUAAAUCCAGGGCGAGAGGGGGAGGGGACAGACGCCGUCCUGCCGUCAAUAUGAUUUUAUUAUUUAAAAAUUUUAACAUUUUGUAAAAAUAUGUUUAUUUUAAAAAAUUAAUUGUAUCGUUUGCAGAACAUAUGGAAUUUAGGUUUUUUAUGAAAGUACCUGAAUACGGGGAAAUCAGGGAAUACAAUAAACCCGAGAGACUGCAUUAUUCUAGGCUGAACAUAACCCUACCCGCUUAUAAGCGACAAAUACAAAGCUAGGUUUUAAUAUUGGAAAUAUUUUUGUUCGUUAUGAGGGACAAAGUUGCGAGUUUUUGUACAAUGAAAAAAGACACGGUAUUGAGGUUAUAUGACGUAAUAAUAUAGCUCUAUGGUGUGAGACACAUAUAUGCUGGGAUCGGCCAAAAGAAAAACAGAUCCGGUUUCAGGCAAUUUCGACACGGGUUUAAAUUUUAUUAUUUAAAUAAUAAACAAUUAAUUUCAAAAUUACAAAUUUACUCUUAUAAAGAGUUCAUUGUCUUGGAUAUUAUCAGCAAUCCACAUUUCUUUUUUCGUUUUUUCUCUGACAUGUGCAACGGAAUUACGCCAAUUUUGUUCAGUGGCAUGUUCAAAUGCUUUAUCUAUCAGUGAAUGAACAUCCUGUGUCUUGAAAUCAAAGUUGUUCAUAAAAAUAUAGUGCUUUACCUGAUUUCAUAUCAUCUUGAUCGCAAUGAUACGAUUGCCCUCUGUAUGCGUUGGCAACUUCAAAUAGCUCAGAUUUAAAAAAAAAAGACGUGAAAGAAAUUUUUUUUUUUCGGUUAAUUUUUUAUUUCGGGUUUUUUCCAUUCCAUUUACGGGAAUAAUACGAAGCGUUUUCCAUAACAACAACGUUAUUUCGUCCAUUUUUGGGCAAGUUAAGAAUCAGCGACUCCUUAAACCAUUGCUCAAAAUAGUCGUCGUUCAUUUCGUCAUGAUAAUCGCCUUCGUUUUUCUUUGCCAAGAAAACACGCACGCAGCAAGGUAAAAAUCCACCUUCGUAUCCUGCAUGAACAAUAACGAAACGUGGAUCUCUUUAUGUAGGAGCUUAUAGGCCUGUGGUUAAACCCUUUAUAAAAGAAUUUCUACGAUUUUUUAUGGUGUUAUUACACCAUGUAUAGUUAACCGUUUGAACCACGUUGUCCCAAGUAUCAUCUAAAUAAAUAAGGUUACAAUUUUGUUGGCUAUAUCAUUUGAUGGCUCUUAAAUACCUGUGCAGUCAAUAACAUUAUACUUUUACGACCACGCUUCGCAUAUUCAUAACCACUAUGUUUAAUCAAUCUACAUAGAAUUCUUAAAAAGAACGAUUAUGAAUUCUAAUUCCCUCGAAUAAUAACGUAAAUUGCAUUCAAAGUUGGCGGAAUAGUUUUUUAAAACAAAUCAUUGUGCACAAUUCUUCUUAGUCAGCUCUUAAAACCCUUAUCCACUUUUUUCUUCUUGCAGAAGAUUUCAAUUCGCCAUUGUUUUGUUUGUUCCUCCUCCUUCUUGAUGGUAUAAAUUGGUUUUUCAUUGACCCCACCCAUUUUGGAAGCACUACUUACUGCUGCAGUCACACUCAAUUUAUCUUCAUUGACUAAAUAACAAAUCAUAUUAAAAAUCACAAUUUUCGCAUUCGCAUGUAGCAUUUGCCCGCGUUUGAAGUUCUUAAACACCAUGUUUCAGGUAAGAAAUCACAACUAAACAAACCCCAAAAAAAAGUUAUUGAGUAAUUAAACGUCAAAGUUUUGACAAUGAUAAAAAAUUUAUGGUCUAAAAUAUGCGUAUCUAAUAUGAAUUCUUCUAGCGCCACAUUAGGCAGAAGUUCAGCCGCCGAAAAUGAGCCGGAGAUCUUUGUGUAGUAAAUUCAAAUACUAGGUGUUUCAACCGAUUUUCAGCUCAAUGUAGCGAGUUAACGAAUUGCUCCUAAGAGAUUAUAGGAUUUGUCUGCAGCAGAUGUUCUGCUGCUGAAGAUAACUAAAUAAAAGGUCGACUAAAAAUCGGUAGAAUCUGAAGAGGUCAGCUAAGCAUCGGAAGACGAGGAGAAAAUAUAAUACGAUUAUUUCACAAGAUUGUAAGUUUUUCUAAUAAAAAAAUAUGAAUAGUCAUGCUUUUUAAUUAAAGAAAUAUAAUUAUUAAAGUUGAGGGAGGGCUCUUUUAGUGUUAGAUAUUCUUCCAUUCUAAUUUUACUCAAGACACAAUAAUUUUUUUCAAUAUUUAAUACAUUAUACAAGGUAUUCCAAGUUAUAUAAAACGAAGAUAAUUUUAAGCACAGAGGUUCAUAUCAACAAUGGUCCGAUUUCCAUUAGUAGCAAAGUUACUGCGUGGUUCAAAAUUGAGAGGA